AUUUGGCCCGACCCAAUACGAAAUGUUUCAUGUCGAUGAGUCUAGCCACCACCAACCCUCUUUCAACGUGAAACCGUUAGUGGGGACGCAAUUCAGUUGGUUUUGGCCUUUGGGAUCGAAGGAGAGAGAAAGAGAGGGAAAGUGAGACAGAGAGAGAUAUGGGAGUGGAUUACUACAAGGUGCUGAAGGUGGCCAAGAAUGCGACGGAGGAUGACCUGAAGAAGUCGUACCGGCGGCUGGCGAUGCGAUGGCAUCCGGACAAGAAUCUGGUGAACAAGAAAGAGGCGGAGGCGAAAUUCAAGCAGGUCUCCGAAGCGUACGACGUGCUUAGCGAUCCCCAGAAGCGGCAGAUCUAUGAUCUGUACGGGGAGGAAGGCCUGAAGACGUUUGAUUUCCCUCCGCCCGACGAUGCUCCUUCCGGGGAUACGAAAUUCAGGUUCAAUCCCCGCGAUGCCGAGGAUAUAUUCGCGGAAUUCUUCGGUGGAUCUGGCGGCGGAGUAGGCGGCCGCGGCGGGGGAAGUGGGAGGAGUCACCAUAAUCAUAGUCAUCGGAGGAAUGGGGGGAGUCACCAUCGUCAGGGGAAUAAGAAAGCUCCGGCGAUUGAGAGCAAAUUGGGUUGUAGCUUGGAGGAGCUCUAUAAAGGGGCAACAAGGAAGAUGAAGAUUUCCCGCAACGUUCCUGAUGAAUUCGGCAAGCCAAAGGCCGUGGAGGAGAUCCUAAAGAUAGAUAUCAAACCCGGGUGGAAGAAAGGAACAAAGAUCACAUUCCCUGAGAAAGGCAAUCAGGAGCCUGGUGUUCGUCCAGCUGAUCUCAUUUUCGUGGUGGAUGAGAAGCCACAUGCUCUGUUCAAGCGGGAUGGAAAUGAUCUUGUGGUUCAUCGAAAGGUCUCCCUGCUAGAAGCUCUCUCUGGAAAGACUGUUGAGUUGACAACCUUGGAUGGGAGAUUCCUCACGGUUCUGGUGGAUGAGGUCAUUAAACCGGGCCAUGAAGUUGUGAUUGCGAAUGAAGGAAUGCCUAUCUCUAAAGAGCCUAACAAUAGAGGGGAUCUAAGAAUCAAGUUUGAUGUCAAGUUCCCAUCAAGAUUGACAGCUGAACAGAAGUCCGAUCUAAAACGGGUACUGGGUGGUGGUUUGUGAUGCUGAGUGCCAAGCUUUUCCAUUGACACUGAUCUGAAUUGUAAGUUUGUUUGGUCGUAUGUAAAUAGAAUCAUUUUUUCUGAUUCUUGUUAGAAGUGAGAAGAUUGUGCAUAGUAGGAAGGAAAAUGUUGUUAAGGAGCUAUAUUCUCCAGCGUAAUUUGGCCUCCUCUUGUUUUAGGAUAAUUCUCUUAGCAUGCACAGGAUUUGCUUUUGGGCUUUGUAAUUUUAAUUUUGUAUACUCAAGAAUCCUAAUCUUAUUCUCCCUUCCCCUGCAAAUGAAGGGGAAGAAGAACCUCUUUUAUCUGAUUUUCACAUCUGGAUAUUUUAUCUGAAUAAGUGUUACAUACUCUGUAAGUGGAGAUUGUAUAAUGCUCAGAUAUAUCUGAGCUGAAUAAUAUUGAACAGGGAGGGGUCAUACCAACUUUUGCAUAAGUUUUGUUUGUCGAGUUCAUGACUGAGAAAUCGACAUACCAGGGUAAUUUGGAACUAGUGGAAUGAUAUGACUAUAGAAUAUGGAUAAUACUCUAGUUUUGGCUGAGGGGAUAAUUGCCAUCAAUUGGCCUAAUUUUUAUUCUUCUGAUGCUUCCUUUGCCUGUGUGAUGCGUCUGAUGAUACUACAAAGCUCUUCAGUCAAUUCAUGACAAUGCUUGGAUCUUCACUGCCUAUUCUUUUCAAUCUUGUUCCGAAGUUCAGUCUUUUUGACUCCUGCCACCUUAUCAACCUCUUUCCCUUUCUUGAUCAGUGCAAAUGCAGGCAUUAUCUGGACAUCAUAUUGGCGAGCCACCGACUGCAUCGUAUUACAGAAUUGUCUCAUUCAGGUUCAAAGAAGUCCAAAAUAGGAGAACAAGAUAUUCAACAAGAAAAGACAUUGUAUACCGGCAACUUGUCAACGUCGAUCUUGAUGAACAUGACUUCUGCGUAUUUAGCAGCAAACUCUUCCAUGGCAGGUUCCAUGAGUCGACAAGGCCCACACCAUGUUGCAGUGAACUGUAUGACCAACUUCAGCAGCAGCAAAUAACAUAAAAGAAAAAGAAAACCAGUUAGACGAAGAGCAAGCAAUCUAAUCCAUAAACCUGUUUGAGAAACAUCAAGUAUCCUUACCAGCUUAUUAUUCUCCCUGGAAUCAUCAACAAAGGCCUUCCACUGGCUUGCAGAAUGAACCUCUACCACACCAGGUGGCUUCUUGAAGCUCUCCCUGGAUGUCUCGGGGUAAAGCUUCCACUGGUUUGCAGACGGUGGCUCUGCAAACCCAGAUGGUGCAGGCCUCUUGUGUGAAUUAUAUCCACCAGGGUUGGGGAACUUGAAAUCAAAGGAGCUUACUAGGGUCGACCUUCUUCUCUGGAAAAGAGGGAAAUUGUAGUAACUCAUAGCGCUGUUACUUGCUGUGUAUGGUUGGUUUGCUUGGUCUAUAUGGAAAGAAGAGCACUCUGGCUUGGAAAUGUAACUUCGUGGGCAGGAUCCUUAUAUAAAGCUCUGGAGUGGCCGCAAAAUAAUGAAAUUUGCAGCAGAGUUGUGAUUGGCAAGCUGGGGAAUAGGAUUCUUUCUACAGAGAGGCUGCAAUGCUAUGGACCGCAGAAACCAAAAUGGCAAAGGAUUAGAUGCAGAUUAAUGAAAUAAUUUAUUUGUAAUUCCAAUGUAUUGUGAAGCAUUAUUAUUAUUAUUUUCCAUCAAAGUGGUUUCCGUUGAAAUGGUGAAAAGGGUAAGAGAAAGCAGAGGAUAAUAAGAACAAGAUCGAAUGUCGCAACAAUUUGUUGUGCAAAAGAGUAGCACUGGAUUUUUUUUCUUUAUUAUGAACGGUAGCACUCGAGUUUGCUCGGCGACUUGCUUUGAUUGUAACAAAAAAUGAAAUAAAAGGUUGAUGAAAGAAUAUUUGAU